AUGCAACGAUUAAAGUCCUCACAGAAGGAUAAAGUUCGUCAGUUUGUUGCCUUUACACAGACUGGAGAGAAGACAGCUAUCAACUGUUUGUGUGCCCAUGACUGGAAACUCGACGUCGCUGUUGAUAAUUAUUUCAUGGCUCCAGACCGGUACAACGCCACUGAAUCCCGUUCUUCUGUGGACAAGAGGAAAAUAGAGGCAUUAUGGCAGAGAUACAAGGAUCCAGGAGAUGAUGAAAAGAUGACAGUGGAUGGUGUAAUGAGGUUUUUGGAUGAUCUGCAGCUGAGUCCAGAGUCCAGAACAGUCCUGAUUCUUGCCUGGAAGUUCAAAGCACGUACACAGUGUGAAUUUUCUAAAGAUGAAUUUAUCACAGGAAUGACAGAAAUGGGAUGUGAUUCUAUAGAGAAACUUCGAGCAAAAUGCAACACACUUGAGCUAGAGAUUCGUGAUCCUGCCAGUUUCAAAGAUUUCUACCAGUUUACUUUCAACUACGCCAAAAAUCCAGAGCAAAAGGGUUUAGAUCAAGACAUGGCCAUUGCAUACUGGAAUAUUGUACUCACAGGCAGAUUCAAGUUUCUUGAUCUUUGGUGCAAGUUUCUGCAGGAAAACCAUAAGCGGUCUAUCCCAAAAGACACAUGGAACCUGCUGCUUGAUUUUUGUAAUAUGAUCAAUGAUGACAUGAGCAAUUAUGAUGAAGAAG